GUGUGAGUGAGGUGUCGGGAGCCCUUUGUCUUGUUGAAAAGUUCACGUUGAAUCCAAUAUCUCGUAGCAAACGGGACGAUCCAAAGCAGCCAUGCAGCCAGCAGCCACUCGUCAAGACUCGAUCUUGACUGCGCACGGAUGGAAAAGGGACGGCAGAAUCAGUCGUCACUGCAGCGCAUAUGUGCAUGCAUGCACCGCUGCCGCCGCCGCCGCGUGUGGCUUUUCUUCCCCCGCGCACGCGCGGGAAGCGCGACAAGAAGUUUCCUUUGUCCUUACUCAUCGCACAUCAUGGGCGGAUGCGCUUGGAAGUCGCGCACGGACGCGAUCGAGAAGCUCGCGUCGCACCGCGCAAAUCCUCGAGCUUCCCUUUCUACCAUUCGCAUCAGCUAGCGCUGGAACUUGCUGCUGAAUUGUCAUGGAGCGCGGGGCAAAAGGACAAGACGGCUUGAUGAUGCGUGCAAGGUAUGAUCGUCGACGAUGCUGCAUCCACACAGGUCCAAUCUCUGGCCACGCGCCCGACCAACGACAUCGACCAUCGUCAAUGUCCUUUCGCAGCAGUGCGGUUAAUUUCACCGUCAGCAAUGAAAAUGGGGAGACCCUGCCGCUGUGCUUGUGUAGAUGCACCGCUGCGCCGGCUUCGUGGGACAAUGGAUCGAACGAUGGGCGGCGAUCUUGGUAGGGGAGGUACACGUCACCAAAGGCUGCCUCGCACGUAUAUAUACAGGACCAUACUUUUCAGAGGCGCCUACGACGACGCUGGUCAAGUCGCCACAACAAGUUUGCGCUCUCGAUUGAAUGGCCCAGCAAGUUGCGUCUCUGCCGGCACACGCAUCAAGGACGCUGCACCCCUCGCACAUCGCACUCACUUUCGCUUGAAGCGAGAGCAUCACGCUCGAACCGCCAAACGACUUGAGCAGCCAGCCAGCGAGCCAGCCAGCAAGCACCACAUUGUCCCAUCUCGCCCACACACCCCACCUACGGUCCUCACCAUGAGGCUCACCUCGCACACACCUCACUCGUCUGCAGCAGAUUUCAAAGUCGGCAAGCCAAAGCCCGUGCAGUCUAAAGCGCUGACUGGCUGGACACCACCAGCGCCGACAUUUCACUCUGGCGCCGGCGCAACCAAAAAGUUUUCUCGCCGAACAAGCGAUGGUGUGGCAAAUGAAAGCGUCUCGACUGCGCUCAAAUUGCCGUCGGAUGCUUCGACGUUCAUCGAGAAUCCCUUUUCGCCGUUGAGUGCCCGCGCGCGAGCAAGUAUGAACAAUUGGUCCUUCUACAGCACUGAUCUGGAAAGUGACGGAAGUGCAGACGCUGCAUCGCGCGCUGGCGAGUCGUUGGUCAGUCCCAAGAGCCACACACCUCGCACGGCUGCUGUGAAAGCAUCACGGCGCUCAGUCGGACCGCAAAUCAAGCGCGCCGCGAUUCCACCCGCCCUUCAAUUGGCUUUGGACACUGUGCCACGACAAGCUCGUCUGCCUGCCAAAUCUGGCUUCGAUGACAGCUCCGACGAGGAGGGAGUGGAAGAGGUCCAAGAGAUCACCUUUAGAGAUACGCGCUACGAUUCGCACGAUGGCAGCAGCUCUCCCUUUGAUGCGCUGCGCUCGGCCGGAAGGUUCUUUCGUCAAGCGGACACCACAUCCGGCGACGCAUCUUCACCGCGAAGAAAGAGCAAGAGCCUCAGCUUGUCCUUCAACGUCGGCCACAAGAGGCGUCAUUCUCGAAACGCAACGCCGAAAACUGCCAGAGCUUCGAUAGACGAUGACGACAUGGUGAGCGUACCCAUGACCCCGAACAGCGCGCCCAAGACUGCACCUUGCACGCAACAUGGCCGCACCACAUCUACCUCACUUCAACAAAAGACCAACGCUGCCAACGCAUCACCCUCUGCUCAACCAUCGACUCCCGUCUCCAUUCGCGAUCUAAAAAGAGCAUUGGCGUCGUCUCGAGCAGAAACAUCAAGUACACCACCACCGACGUUUGCUUCAACGUUGGUCAGAUCGAGUCCACAAACCAAAUCUCCUGCACUGCAACCCGCUUCCGCCGCCAUCAAGACGAUCGAGAAACGUUCGGACAAGCUUCGCCUCGUAGCUCCGCCUCCCUCGGCUCCUUUGCCAGCAACCCCGCGCGUAGACGGUCAGCGCGACUCUGGCUCGCCAGCGCCAUUUUCGGACAUGCUCGAUCGUCCGCCCAGUCCUAUCGACCCUUGGUUAUCACCAAUUCAGACACCCUCUUCGUUCAGCACGCACGCGGCACCUCUAGCUUUCUCUACUCCGAGCUCUGCAGACGGCAUCGUCUCGCGUCCGUCGCCAUCGAAUCGCAAUCAGCAGAGACACUCGAGGAUCUACCCCAGCACUCUGCAAGUCGUCGAAGCGCCUCGUUCCAAGAUGCCAGCUCCUCUGAGACUCGCGUUUGACCCCAAACGCCGCCCCAAGGCGCAUCUUCAACAUCGCACGCCUGCCGUACAAAGCAUCUCGCAAGGUCAGCCACGCACCUUUGGCACUCCCACAUCUGCCAUGCUCUGCACUCCUCUGGCAAGAUCGCCGACGAGGUUGGGAGCUGCCACCGUGGGCGCUGGUCUCUUGAAGAAUUGGUCUGGCGAUGAUGAGGGGGAUCUGAAGCUUACGCCUGCACCCAGCCGCAUGACUCUCGGUAAACAGAAGCCUGCACAGCAGGUUGCUCAUGCGGGCCGUCAGCCGAGCCUCAGGCGCAAACUCUCCGCAGGACAACAACAGCUGGCCGCAAAGGUCGCGCGCAGACCUGCCAACGCUCCAAAGGCCGCGUCUAAACAGUCUUCGCCUGCGGCAUCCUUGAGAAGCCUCGCUUCCUAUGAUCGACCCUUGCCGCCUACGCCUAUCAUCGAUGCAUCAACGAUCGAAGUGGACCUACUCGUGCCGCCUCUGGUCUAUACCAGCUCCUCCGCCUCGCUAUCGACAUCUUCGCUCGACUCCACCCUGUCAAAAGCCUCUUUUCAAGCUAAGCGAACCGAGGGCCUCCUCAUUGCGCUCGGUAUCGGCUCGGAGAAGCUCGACAACGAUGGCAAGUACGUCAAGGUUAAAGAUGCGCCGGCUUUCCCAUCCGAGACGCUCGAUGAUGAAGAGCUUUGUGAGAAUCUCAAGCCGACACCUGUGGUAGCUGAGCACAUGGAGAAGGAGCUCGAAUACGCACAAGCUCUGCGCGGCGAUCGCCUGCGCGAUUUCCAAUUCGGAGGCAACACCAUCUCAUCGAGAGGCUCGACGUCCCAAAGCAAUUCCUUGAAGCCACUUCUGCUCGUGCGUAGCGCAAAUCAGACGCCCACAACGGCGCCCCGGUCAUCCUCUCAGUCUCGCACCUGGAGGCCAUCGCACGCCGGCACUGGUACCAACAGCUCCUCUAGCAUGGGGUCGGUCGGCAUUCGCUACAACAAACCGGACGACCACACAUCCCUGACCCUCAGAGAAAGGCGCUUGAGCAGGUACGCGUUUGCAGCUUCUCAAGCUGGUCUGCCGUUUAGAUCAGCCAACAAUUCGGUCGUUGACGUGGUCAGUGUGGCAGAUCAAGACAGGGGCCACUUGCGCUCGGUAUCGCAGGAAGAACCUCGCCAAUCGGCUCGUUCGAGGUCUGAUUCGCUCGACUCGUGUGUGCAAUCCGAGAUUAGCAGCACAGCUUUUCACAUGCGUCAUCCGUUUGGCCUCCUGCGCAACGAAGGGGAGGGUUCUGCUUGGAUCUCGAGCGAAUCGCUCAACGCGCAGUCGCCCCCAUCUUCUCUCAAGCCACUGCCAUUAGUGCCAAUUGACGUGGGCCACGACGCACACAAACCUGACAGCGAGGUCAUGAUGGGUCGAGCGAGCUUGCAUGGACCAAUUGGAGCGCCAAAUGAUCGAAACCCGCUUUCUGAGGAGGAUGGACAAGAUGGACCAAUCAUGUUUGACGUCUCUACCAGUCCCAUCAUGGGUCAGAUGAACUCUCUUCGACCUUCCUACUCCGACUCGAGCAUUCUCGAACAAUACACGAGCGAGAUGCAUCAUGCUGGGGAUGAAGUGGACAUUUUGGGUCUCAUGAUCCGUCAAGUGCGCGACGAAUCGGGUCAGAGUCAGAGGGUACGAUUCAACACUAGAGCUUUGACUAGCUCAACGAGGCGCAGACUAUGCGAAGGUUACAAGACCCACAAGAAGGCUGCACCGUCCAACGUGAGCAGCGUUCAGACAGAGGACGAGUAAGGCCUUGGCCCGUUUGUUUCCCUCUCUCUCUCUCUCUCUUUCUCUCUCUCUCUCUCUCUUCCUCAAAAGAUGAUUCCCGCGCGCAAACCCCCACACACAAUGUGCAAG